AUGACUGUUAAUAGUAGACCAGUAUUACAUGUACUUGGUAUGGGCUCAAUGGGAGCUCUAUUAGCCGUUAACUUACUGCAAACGACUAGAACUGAAGUUAUACCUUUGUUUAGAAAUACAGAGAAGUUGAGCAAGUUUCAAAACGAAGGAAAGUCAACUAUUUCUAUCAGAAAGGUUUUCUUAAAAGAAGCACCUUUGGUUUCUGCGAAGCUAGUAAGAAGCUAUUCUCCAGAAACUUUCAACGACGAUCAUAUUGAAAAUUUAGUCAUCACCACGAAGACAUAUCAAACAAAGGAGGCUAUCAAGCCAUAUCUGGAUUUCAUUACACCAGAAACUAAUAUUAUACUCAUUCAAAAUGGGUUAGGUGUACUAGAGGUUCUGAAAGAUGAAGUUUUUGUUGAACAAUCUAAACGACCAAACUUGUUCCAGGGGGUCAUCGGACAUGGUUGCUACCAGGAUUCUGCAUAUAUCUUUAAUCAUGCAGGUAACGCCGGCAUGAAAAUUGCUAGACUACCAUGGGAUGAUAAUAUGGUCCAACACGAGUCAGUGUUGAAACAAGAUGCAGUGGAUAAUUCCUUGGUGAAGAUUUUAAUGGAGAAGGAUUUUGCUUCUAUUUUCAAUACGACACACAUGACUUACCAAGAAAUGUUACUUGGACAGUUACAGAAAUUUUUGGUUAAUUCAUGCAUUAACCCGGUAACAGCCAUUCUUGAUUGUGACAAUGGUGAAAUGGUAGACUACUGCAAAGAUAUAUUUACCUCUAUUGUAGAAGAAGAGCUAAACAUAUUGGGACUAGCAUAUAGACCACUGUUUGAAUACGAGGAUCACUAUAAAGAACAAACAGGCUAUCCUAAUCUAGAUGUCAAGAGUACUUUGAAUACGGAAAGUAUGGUUUCAAAUAUUAUCAAUCUUGGGUGCGUCAUCAACGCCAAGAACAGUAGUUCAAUGAGGCAGGAUACGCGUUAUCUAAGAGACAGUGAGAUUGAAUAUAUAAACGGGUACAUUGUCAAGCUUGCUGCUAAGUUGAAUCUUAACCCAAACGAGGCAAAGACCAACAGGGCCAUUUGCCAACUUGUAAACUUGCGACUAGGGCUUAAUAGAACAAGAGCAGCUACUGGCGAUUGGCCAUUUAAAUAA